AUGAAGGUCCUUCUGAUAACGUGUCUACUGGUUGCGAGCUUAUUAUUGUCUGUUAGAGCUGAUACAGAGAAGACGGACGAGAAGCCAGAGAUUACAAAGUUAGAGUUAGUGGAUCUUGGCGAAGGAGAAAGCGACGUGGAUGCCAAAGAUUCGGAAGUUCAAAGAAAGAGAGAUUCGGGCUACUCCUACAAGAGACCGAGCAGCUUUGCGCCAGCCUCGAGAGCUCGUUUCCAAGUCGGCCAAUCCGGCCACAGAGGACGUAUCGUUAAUAGACAUCCGGCGCAAAUAAAUAGACCUGUCACCAAAUACGGACCGCCCGGUUAUCAGAAUUCAUCCCCGACGAGACCUGCCUCUCAUGGUCAACAACACCGAGAUAAGCUGCAAUUUCACGGUCAUUUCGGUCAACAAUAUCCGGCGAACUUUGAUGGCCGCCCCGGUGGUUUGCUCGAACAGGAAGUUCCGAGUCCAAUUAGACAAGUCGACUUUGUCCAACCGAAUCCAAUAUCCACUCAGAACAACGAACCCUUCGCGACUCACUCGGCCAAUUAUUUACCGCCGCAGAAUCAAAAGUUGCCUGGUUACACGGCGCCGAACAAUUUUUCUCCAGCUCAAGCGGUGCAGGAAGUUCCACCACAGGUGAACAACAACGAAGGGCAGUCGGCGAAUUUCCAGAGUCAGAACAUCCUUCAAUCUCAGGGCCAGAUAUCGGACGCGGCUCUUUUCCUCACGCAAAACGCCCAAGCUAUUCAACAGUUGUACGGUGCCCCUUUGAACGAGCAAGACUUUGCUCCAAAUAACGACCAGUUAUUCUUAGGUCAGAACGAUCAAGUUCAAAGGCCCAGUGGCCAGUUUGAAAAUUUCGAAAGCAGUUCCCAGAGCCCACAGGGCUUUCUAGGUUCCCUGCCGUCUUACGCAUCCGGAACCCUAACCGCCCAAGAGACCCUGGAACAGAUACAGUCCCUCGAAAAGGACAGAUUGAUUGUUCAAUUGCAGCGAGCGCUCGCGACCCAGACACAGGCCCAAAACGCGGACGUAGCUGGAAGGUACGCUCAAAAUCAGCCGAGCUUCGUUCAGAGUCAAGAUCUUCUGGCUUCCCUCGGACAGCGAAUGAAGAUUCACGGUUUAAAUACACAACCGAGUACCGUAAAUUUCGGCUCCGGCAAUACAGCUUUCAAUCAAUCACCUUUUUUGCCAGGAACAACGAUCAGUCCGGGGUUUCCGUUUAACUAUGGAGUAUCGACCACCGUUCAACCCCCAACGACAUCCACGACAGGAACGACUACAACGGCGGGAACAACGACAACGUCGACAACGACAACCGUGCAACCGCCUCAAGCUGCUAAAGGCGAUGGAACCAACCAGUUCGCUUCAACCCUACCUACCACAACUUUGUCACCGUCGAACACUCCAGGUGUUCCUGUUUACGGUGGAUUCGUCCCUACCCUAAUCGCUGGUACAACCUUCCUAUCCAACGUUCCAAAUUACGGGACCACUUUCUUCGCUCCAGGACCCAUCGCACCUGUCCAACCGUCAGGAUCCUCUCCUACGCACUUUGGACUACCUAUUCCUACCAAUGCUCAAGGCCAGAAACCCAGUGUCUCUGUUACCACACCGUCUUCGAUCCCGUCGACGACUCUUUCUGUUGCCGGUAGACCAACCGCUCCUUCGUCUCCGCCAAUUCAUACGCUUCCUCUGCAUCCAGUCGCGACUCCUCUCCAUCCAGUGGUGACGCCUCUUCAUCCAGUGACACCGUUGCAAUCGGUCCUCCCCGCGACGCCGACACACGUGCACUCUGUACAGGCAACAUCGACGUCGACUCAUCCGGCGUACGGGUUGCAGACGCCGGUGAUCAAUCCCUCGCUUUUAUACAAACCCAUCAAACCGGUCUAUCCGUUCUACUAUUACCCGAACGUCGCGUAUCAGCUGCACAAGCCCGCGUUACCGACUUAUCCGUGGAGCUACGCGCCUGCCUAUGCACAGGCGAAACCGACCCAAAUAUGGAAAUGA